AUGAUACCUUCUCAUCCCAUCAUCACACCGUCUCAUGCCAUUGACCUUACCUCACAACAAUUCCCGAACUUGCACUUCACCACCAUUUCUCCACCACUCUUACCCACCCCGGUUGUUUCCCACCCCGGUCCUCUUCCCCCUCCGUCUUCCUCCUUCCUCUCACACGCGUUCGAUUCCCACCAGGGCAGCACAGCAGCGCGCGUGGUGUCGCUGGCGGGGGUGCGAGGCACAGCCAUGGCGGCAGGGCUGUCUGCGAAGGCUGGAAGGUCGACAGCAACUCGUUUUGAGACGUCGCAUAACAAAUUCAUUAUCACAUGUCCCUCCCCUUCCGAUUCCCUCCAGGGCAGCACAGCAGCGCGCCUGGUGUCGCUGGCGGGGGUGCGCGGCACAGCCCUGGCGGCAGGGCUGUCUGUCAAGGCGCUGUGGGUGCUCGACGGCCACUUGCAUGGCGGCUCCUCCUUCUCCUCGCUCUUUUCUCUGCAGUAUGACCAACGGUUUUCUGUCGACGAUGUGACCACGGCAUGUGUAGUGGACGUGCUGGAACAGGCGCAGCAACUCUCGCUUUCGUACAAAGAGACCCACCUCUGCUGGUCGGCUGCUGACCUGGCAUCCAGCCUGCAGGCGUUCCGUCCAGCUCAGCACAUCCUCCGCCAGCUGGCGGCAGAGGACCUGCCACCUGUGCAGCAAUCCACCGCAGUCUUCCUCGAGGAUAUUUCUCUAGACUCCUGCCCCACGAACCGAACCCCUUCUCUCCUGCACGGCACCAACGGCCAUAUUCUUCCCUUCUUCCCCACCCCCCUUUCCUUCCCCCAUCAGGACACCCCUCUAGACACCUGCCCCGGCUGCCCCGCCAACCUCUCCCUCCUUGUCCCCCCUUCCUGCACCAACUGCCGCACCCUCCCCUUCUCCCACUCCCUCUCCUCCUGCGCCGCCCGCCGCAUCGCCUACGCCGCCCUGCGCCGCCCGGACCGCGACUUCACUGUGGCUGCUACAGUGCCGGCUGCCGCCCUGGCUGCGGCCGGCAUGUUCCACGAGUCAAGGGCGCCACUGAUGCUGCAGGCAACGCGAAGGAGGGGGGAGUUGGGGUGCGGAACAGGGGCGUGGUGGGGGGGAUGGGCGGGGGGGAGUAUCUGGGGAGAGGUUCGGGGAGCGGGGGGCAUGUGGGGAGGGCGUGGCAGGGGAAGGGGGUGGAAGAAGUGGGGGAGGAGGAGUGGGUGGUGGGGCGGUGUGCUUGGAGGGAGGCAAUGGGGGAGCGGUGGAAUGGAGAGUUUGUGGUGGUGGAAGUGGGUUCUUGGGGGACCAGCAAGAAGGGAGCUGUGUGCUCAGCUAGAGAUCGUGGAGUUCCUCGCGCUGGCCCACGCGCCCUCGCUCUUUUUCGCCCUCCACGAUUCCCCCGAGGCCCGCCUUCUCACAGCCUUCGCCACUGCUGUGAGGGGUCCCCUCGGCCUCCCCCCUGCUGCUGUGGAGCCGGCUGUCUGCCCCUCGCCCGUGCUGCCGCCGCUCGCUAGCCUGCGGUUUGCACAGCAGAUGAUCAUGGACGGUGAGAGAUGGACGAUUCAGAAGGUGGCGUCAACGAGCUGGAAAAUGUGGAUGCGCAGCGAGCGGGGAUUUAAGCACAUCUCCUCCUACUUCCACACUCACCACGCGGGGGUGAACGGGCUCACGCUCAUGCGGCGAGAGAUGGGAGAGGACGACGUCAUGUUCCACAUGACUCGGCGCGACCUGGUGAAGGUGGUGUUUGUGCGCAACCCGUUGCCACGGUUGUUGUCCGCGUAUGGGGACAAGCUGGCUAAUGGUGGGGAGAGCCGCAACGUCAGCAUGUGGAACGAGGUGGGUUUCUGGGUUGCCGCUUUGCUUGAACGGGUUGCUGCGCUGGUCUGUGUCGAAAGACUGCCUGCGUACGCCUUACAUGCCUCUCUCCUUGUGAUUACCGUGCAGCUGUUGUUGGGCCAUGAGCGCUUGAAGCGCCACGGGUUCGCGGUGAACAGCACUACACAGCUGUGCGGACUGGACAUGAUCAAAUACAACAUUGCUGGCAAAUACGAAACUCUGCAAGAGGACAUGCUACAGGUGGUGAGCAGGCUGAACCGGUCGACGGAAAACGCGAUGAAGAUUAUCAAGCUGGGAUCUGAGUUCCACAAAACAAGGGCGGAGCAGCGCAUGCGUGCAGCGUAUGAUAAGGACACUAUCAAGAUUGUGGAGUCAGCAUAUGCUGCUGAUUUUGAUAUUGCAUUGAAUAACAUUAGUUACAGUGUUCCUGAUGUUCUUCAAGAUAUUGGAGUAGCUGAUGCUCCUGUAAAAGUGAAUGGACUAGAUGUCAUUUGA